GGGGGGGGGGGUUACCUUUUCUUCAUAUAUGCUUCUUUGAAAUGCGAGCUGCGGUAGAUUUCUUGAAAUCGUGAUGCCCCCUACUUGACUUGGGUGAACAUUUCUGGAUUGUGUUGUGUGUCAAGCCCCUCGCCAUUCUCUGGGUUGAUACGUAGAUACAUCAGCUACCCCGAAAGGUCUGUGCAUACAUUGCACACAUUAUCGAGUCCAUCUGACCGAGGAGGUCCGAAAAUCAAGAUUCCACAAUGACAGCUUCAAAGGAAGGAGAGGAGGACUUUGUGCAAGUAAGCCCCGAAUCAAGGAACUACAAAGGAAUAGCCAUCUCCCUGCUGGUCAUAGUGGCAGUUUGCUCCCUCAUCACCAUGUCUGUCUUUGUUCUCACGCCAGUGGAACUUCCUGGUGUGGCUAACUCCAGACUUACUGUGCUGGACCUGUUUAAACCAGAGUUCUCCGUGCACGAUCCUGAGGCCAGGUGGAUAAGUGAUUCAGAGGUUUUGUACAGGAACAGAGACGGCCACGUCAUCAAGUUCAACUUUGCUUUAAACGAAACAGAAAUGAUCCUGAGAAAUAUCACGUUUGUGUCUUUCAAAGUUGCCAAAUAUUCCCUCUCUCCAGACAUGAAAUAUGUGCUAUUUGCUUACGAAGUGAAACAGGUAUAUAGACAUUCCUAUACUGCAUCGUACAUUGUUUACAACAUCCACACAAGAGAGGUGUGGGAAUUGAAUCCUCCGGAGGUCCAGAAUGCAGUGCUCCAGCAUGCAGCGUGGGGUGUGAAGGGACAGCAGCUGAUCUACAUCUUUGAAAACAACAUCUAUUACCAAUCAGAUGUGCAGAGCAAUUCUCUUCGGAUUACUUCGUCGGGAGAGGAAGGAGUCAUAUUUAAUGGAAUCGCUGACUGGCUGUAUGAAGAGGAGAUUCUGCAGUCACACAUAGUACACUGGUGGUCACCUGACGGAGAGAGACUGGCCUUCCUCAUGAUCAAUGAUACCCUGGUACCCAACAUGUUCCUGCCACGGUUCACUGGCAGCCCCUACCCCAGAUCACAGGAGUACCCAUACCCCAAGGCUGGCCAGCCCAACCCUACAGUCAGGCUGUUGGUGGUGAACCUGUACGGUCCCACACACACUCAGGAGCUGGUACCACCUGAUGGCCUGAGAGGAAGAGAACACUAUGUGAGUAUGGUGAAGUGGAUCAGCAACACCCAUGCAGCGGUUCGAUGGCUCAACCGGCCCCAGAACUUGUCCUUCCUCACUGUGUGUGACGCCACCGUUGGAUCCUGUGUACAGAAACAUGAGGAAGCUUCAGAUCUCUGGCUCACCAGACAGAACCAGGAGCCAGUGUUUUCAAAGGACGGGAGCAGGUUUUUCCUGACCAUACCGGUGAAGCAGGGGGGACAAGGAGACUUUCAUCAUAUUGCCAUGCUCACCAAAUCGUUCAGAAGUGAUCAAAAUGAUGUCCGUCACUUGACGUCAGGCAACUGGGAGGUGACCAAGAUAUUAGCUUAUGAUGAGGGGGAGCAAACCAUAUAUUUUAUCAGUACUCAAGACUCCCCACAAAAGAGACACGUGUACAGUGCAUCUACUAUUGGUCUGUUCUCUCAACGAUGUUUGACCUGCGAGAUGAACCAGGAAGCAUGCACGUUCUUCGAUGCAGCCAUCAGCCCGAACAAACAGCAUGUUAUUCUACAGUGUAAAGGUCCCGGUGCUCCAUCUGUGAUGCUGCAGAGUUUUAAUGAUGUAAACACUUACUUUAUAUUGGACAACAACAUGCCGCUGAGAGCUGCCUUGGAAAUCAAAAAGAUCUCUAAGUCAGAUGUCAGGGUUCUUCCAAGUGAAGACUUUGAGCUGCCUUUGAAACUCACCUAUCCACUUGACUUUUCUGAAUCUCUUCUCUAUGGCCUUCUUUUGAUUGUUGGUGGUGGGCCUGGCAGUCAGUCGGUGAGUGAUGAGUAUGAGCUGGGUUGGGACUCGGUGCUGGUGAGUUGUGAUGAGGUGAUCGUGGCCAGGCUGGACGGCAGGGGGACAGGCUUCCGGGGCCUGAGAGUCCUGCAGCAGGUCCACCAGCGCCUGGGUACCGUGGAUGUUCAGGACCAGAUAGCUGCAUUGGAAUACUUGAUGACACUCCCAUACAUUGACCGCGCGCGGAUCGGAAUCUACGGAAAGGGAUACGGUGCUUACCUCACCUUGAUGCUUCUGAGGUCCACUGCGCUGAUUAAGUGUGCAGCUGCUAAUUCCCCAGUGAUUGACUGGAAACUUUACGCUUCAGCAUUUUCAGAGCGAUACUUUGGCCUGACGUCAAAGAACGACAACAGAUAUCAAGUUUCUAGAGUGCUUCCAAAUAUGAAAGGACUGCAAGGAAACAUGAUGAAAGGACCGCAAGGACCGGAUUUUCUGUUGAUUCAUGGAACCGCUGAUGCAAAUGUUCAUUUCCAACAUUCAGCAGAGUUGAUUAAGCAUUUGAUCAAAAUUGGAGCGAACUACACAAUGCAGCUCUACCCAGACGAGGGCCACUUCCUGUCCCUGCAGAGCCAGAAGCACCUGUCUGAGUCCCUGGUUGGCUACUUCAGAACAUGUUUUCAGGACUUCAGCACACCGCUACCUGAGGAGAUAGGCAAAGAGGAUGAUGACUGACAGGGUUGGGGUUUGAUGGUGACUGACAGGGUUGGGGUUAGAUGGUGACUGACAGGGUUGGGGUUAGAUGAUGACUGACAGGUUUAGAGUUAGAUGAUGCCUGACAGGGUUAGAUUUAGAUGGUGACUGACAGGAGGACGUGCAGACGGGCCGUGUGUGGAUCUGGGAUCGCUAUGUUGAAGCAGUACAAUGACUGCUCUGCCCUCGCGAGGGAUGUUUGGUGUUGAUUAGGUGUCCAAUGUAGGCAAGACAUACAGUUGAAGUUGGAAGUUUACAUACACUUAUGUUGGAGUCAUUAAAACUAGUUUUUCAACCACUACACAUAUUUCUUGUUAACUUCUCUGGGAUAUGUGGGACGCUAACGUCCCACUUUGCCUAAAGCCAGUAAAAAUGCAGAGCGCCAAAUUCAAAUAAAUUACUAUAAAAAUCAAACUUUCAUGAAAUCACACAUGAAAGACACCAAAUUAAAGCUACACUUGUUGUGAAUCCAGCCAACAUGUCUGAUUUCAAAAAGGAUUUACGGCAAUAGCACACUAUAUACUACUAUAUAUACUGAUUAUGUUAGGUCAGUAUAUAGCCACAGAAAACACAGCCAUUUUUCCAGCCAAAGAGAGGAGUAACAAAAAGCAGAAAUAGAGAUAAAAUGAAUCACUAACCUUUAAUGAUCUUCAUCAGAUGACACUCAUAGGACUUCAUGUUACACAAUACAUGUAUGUUUUGUUCGGUAAAGUUCAUAUUUAUAUCCAAAAAUCUGAGUUUAGGCGGGACGCUACUGUCUCACUUGGCCAAAGGCCAGAGAAAAUGCAGAGCGCCAAAUUCAAAUAAAUUACUAUAAAAAUCAAACUUUCCUUAAAUCAAACAUGAAAGAUACCAAAUUAAAGCUACACUGGUUGUGAAUCCAGCCAACAUGUCAGAAUUCAAAUAGGCUUUUCGGCGAAAGCAAACAAUGCUAUUAGCUGAGUUAGCACCAUAGUAAACAAAGAGAGAGAAGCAUAUUUCAACCCUGCAGGCGCGACACAAAAUGCAGAAAUAAAAAUAUAAUUCAUGCCUUACCUUUGACGAGCUUCUGUUGUUGGCACUCCAAUAUGUCCCAUAAACAUUACAAAUGGUCCUUUUGUUCGAUUAAUUCCGUCGAUAUAUAUCCAAAAUGUCCAUUGAUUUGGCGCGUUUGAUCCAGAAAAACACCGGUUCCAACUUGUGAAACGUGACUACAAAAUAUCUCAAAAGUUAUCAUUAAACUUUGCCAAAACAUAUCAAACUACUUUUGUAAUACAACUUUAGAUAUUUUUUAACGUAAAUAAUCGAUACAAUUAAAGACGGGAUGAUCUGUGUUCAAUACAAGAUUAAAACAAACUGUAGCUAGCCUUCUGGUCAUGUGUCUCUAACAAACAGGACACUUCGAGUGACCCUCGUUCAAGAUGGCCGUACUUCUUCAUUACACAAAGGAAAAACCCUCAAGCAAUUUCUAAAGACUGUUGACAUCCAGUGGAAGCGGUAGGAGUGCAAGAAGGUCAAUUAGAAAUCUGUAUUCCCAAUGAAAAUCCAUUGAAAAGAGAGUGACCUCAAAAAAAAUAAUCUGAAUGGUUUGUCCUCUGGGUUUUGCCUGCUAAAUAAGUUCUGUUAUACUCACAGACAUGAUUCAAACAGUUUUAGAAACUUCAGUGUUUUCUAUCCAAAUCUACUAAUACUAUGCAUAUCCUUUCUUCUGGGGAUGAGUAGCUGGCAGUUGAAUUUGGGUAUGCUUUUCAUCCAAACGUGAAAAUGCUUCCCCCUAUCCCAGAGAAGUUAACAAACUUUAGUUUUGGCGAGUUGGUUAGGACAUCUACUUUGUGCAUGACACAAGUAAUUUUCCAACAAUUGUUUACAGACAGAUUAUUUCACUUAUAAUUCACUGUAUCACAAAUCUAGUGGGUCAGAAGAUCACAUACACUAAAUUGACUGUGCUUUUAAACAGCUUGUAAAAUUAGAGAAAAUGAUGUCAUGGCUUUAGAAGUUUCUGAUAGGCUAAUUGACAUCCUAUGGGUCAGUUGGAUGUGUACCUGUGGAUAUAUUUCAAGGCCUACUUUCAAACGCAGUGCCUCUUUGCUUGACAUCAUAGGAAAAUCAAAAUAAAUCAGCCAAGACCUCAGAAAAAUAAUUGUAGACCUACACAAGUCUGGUUCAUCCUUGGGAGCAAUUUCCAAACGCCUGAAGGUACCACGUUCAUCUGUACAAACAAUAGUACACAAGCAUAAACACCAUAGGACCACGCAGCCGUCAUACCGCUCAGGAAGGGGACACGUUCUGUCUCCUAGAGAUAAACGUACUUUGGUGCAAAAAGUGCAAAUCAAUCCCAAAACAACAGCAAAGGACCUUGUGAAGAUGCUGGAGGAAACAGGUACAAAAGUAUCUAUAUCCACAGUAAAAUGAGUCCUAUAUCGACAUAACCUGAAAGGCUGCUCAGCAAGGAAGAAGCCACUGCUCCAAAACCGCCAUAAAUUAGCCGGACUACGGAUUGCAACUGCUCUUGGGGACAAAGAAGAUAUUUUUGGGAGAAAUGGUCUGAUGAAACAAAAAUAUAACUGUUCGGCCAUAAUGACCAUCGUAAUGUUUGAGGAAAAAGGGGGAGGUUUGCAAGCCGAAGAACACCAUCCCAACCGUGAAGCACGGGGGUGACAGCAUCAUGUUGUGGGGGUGCUUUGCUGGCGGAGGGACUGGUGCACUUCACAAAAUAGAUGGCAUCAUGAGGCAGGAAAAUUAUGUGGAUAUUUUGAAGCAACAUCUCAAGACAUCAGUCAGGAAGUUAAUGCUUGGUCGUAAAUGGGUCUUCAAAAUGUACAAUGACCCCAAGCAUACUUCCAAAGUUGUGGCAAAAUGGCUUAAACUUCUUAUGGCUGCAAUCCCGUUAACGGGAUGAUAUGAUAACAGCCAGUGAAAGUGCAGGGCGCCAAAUUCAAACAACAGAAAUCUCAUAAUUAAAACUCCUCAAACAUACAUGUAUCUUAUACCAUUUUAUAGGUAAUCUUGUUGUUAUCCCACCAAAGUGUCCGAUUUCAAAUAGGCUUUACAGCGAAAGCACCACAAAUGAUUAUGUUAGGUCACCGCAAAAUCACAGAAAAACACAGUCAGUUUUCCAGCCAAAGACAGGAGUCACAAAAAGCAGAAAUAGAGAUAAAAUGUAUCACUAACCUUUAAUGAUCUUCAUCAGAUGACACUCAUAGGACUUCAUGUUUCAAAAUACAUAUAUGUUUUGUUCGAUAAAGCUCAUAUUUAUAUCCAAAAACCUCAGUUUACAUUGGCGCCAUGUUCAGAAAUGCCUCCAAAAUAUCCGGAGAAAUUGCAGAGAGCCACAUCAAAUAACAUAAAUACUCAUCAUAAACUUUGAUGAAAGAUACGUGUUUUACAUAGAAUUAAAGAUACACUUGUUCUUAAUGCAACCGCUGUGUCAGCUUUCAAAAAGCUUUACGGCAAAAGUACAACAUUCAAUAAUAUGAGAACAGCGUUCAGCCACAAAAGGAAGCCAUACAGUUACCCGCCAAAUUGUGCAGUCAACAAAACUCAUAAAAAGCAUUUUAACUCUUCACUUUCCUUUGCUGAUCUUCGUCGGAAUGCACUCCCAGGACUCCCACUUCCAUAAGAAAUGUUUGUUUUGUUCGGUAAUGUCCAUCAUUUAUGUCCAAAUAGCUAUUUUUGUUAGUGUGUUUGGUAAACAAAUCCAAAGUAAGAAAGAGCGUUCACUAAAAGCUGACGAAAUGUCAAAAAGUUCCGUAACAGUCAGUAGAAACAUGUCAAACGAUGUAUUGAAUCAAUCUAUAAAAUGUUUUUAACAUACAUCUUGAAUAACGUUCCAACCGGAGAAUUACAUUGACUUUAGAUGUGCGAUGGAACAGAGCUCCCUCUCAUGUGAACGCGCAUGGUCAGAGCAUGGCCAGGUCAUGGUAGACCUGACUAUUUCCUGUCUCCUUCGGCCCCACUUCACAGUGGAGGCAUAAGACAAGGUUCUACAGACUGUUGACAUCUAGUGGAAGCCGUAGGAAGUGCAAAGUCAUCCAUAUCCCACUUUGUGUUCAAUAGGGGCUGUGUUGAAAAUCGACCAACCUCAAAUUUCCACUUCCUGUUAAGAUUUCUUCUCAGGUUUUUGCCUGCCAUAUGAGUUCUGUUAUACUCACAGACAUCAUUCAAACAGUUUUAGAAACUUCAGAGUGUUUUCCAUCCAAUAUGAAUAAUAAUAUGCAUAUAUUAGCAACUGGAACUGAGGAGCAGGCAGUUUACUAUGGGCACCUCUGUGCACCUUUCAUCCAAGCUACUCAAUACUGCCCCUGCAGCCAUAAGAAGUUUUAAGGACAACAAAGUCAAGGUAUUGGAGCGGCUAUCACUAAGCCCUGACCUCAAUCCUAUAGAACAUUUGUGGACAGAACUGAAAAAGUGUGUGCGAGCAAGGAGGACUACUAACCUGACUCAGUUACACCAGCUCUGUCAAGAAGAAUGGGCCAAAAUUCACCUAACUUAUUGUGGGAAGCUUGUGGAAGGCUACCCGAAACGUUUGACCCAAGUUAAACAAUGUAAAGGCAAUGCUACCAAAUACUAAUUGAGUGUAUGUAAACUUCUGACCCACUGGGAAUGUGAUGAAAGAAAUAAAAGCUAAAAUAAAUCCCUCUCUACUAUUAUUCUGACAAUUCACAUUCUUAAAAUAAAGUGGUGAUCCUAACUGACCUAAGACAGAGAUUGUUUACCAGGAAUAAAUGUCAGGAAUUGUGAAAAACUGAGUUUAAAUGUAUAUGGCUGUGGUGUUUGUAAACUUCCGACUUGUAGCUGUGGGGUAAUGUGAUGUGUGUGUGUGUGUGUGUGUGUGUGUGUGUGUUUGGUUUGUGUGUGCGUGCGUGCGUGCAUGCGUGCUUGCAACAUAAAGGACUACAGAUCAUGGAGGCUUUUUCUUUGUAGAAUAACACAGUGGUAGGACAGAAUCUGAGGGUUAAAUGUUAUUUUUUAAAUUUUUUAAAUUCCACUUAGUGAUACACUGGUUUCUCCCUUCACAGCUUUUACCAUCAGCUGUAUCGUUAUACUGUGAAAGCAUACUUUUGUUGACGCCCACAUUUAUCCACAUUAUUCCAAUUGUAAUAAGCAUCAACACAACUCUACCGCUUUCCGUCUGUCUUAUCCCAUUCCUACCUGUGCUCUAAUAAUGCUUACAUUUUACUUUCAGUUACUGACAUGCGCACAUAUUAGGUGAUGUUACAUACGAUAUAACACCAUGUAUUAUGUGAUAAAGUGCUAUUUUUCAUGUCUUAUGAUAUGCUGUUUUCAGCUGUAUGUUUACAGUAUACAGUGUGUAUAUCUUUGAGAUAUGUGUCGCAGGGGUUUAUCUAUAAGAAUAUUGUAUGAGUUUACGGUCUUUGUUUUUGCUGGGGUUUGUUACACUUCAGAUUAAUAGCCAUUGUCUUUGGAUUAAUUGAACAAUAAAGAAGUUUAGAAAACAA